AUGCGAGUCAACGUAGAACGGUGUGUGAAGGGACUAGCUAGCUAGCUACUACUACUAUUAGCUAACGUUAGAGAUUUGUUCCCGCACGGUUGAAAAGCCAGCCCGGAUCAGAAAGAAAGAGUUCGGUUGUCUCGGGGUUUCUGACUGACAACAGCAUGCGUGAAACAGUGGAUAUUGCAGGUCGUUAAAUGCUGUUAUGAAGAUCAGUUCGGUUGUAAUGUUGACAGUACAUCAACUGAAUCAAAACAAAUGAGCUGCUGCUUGGCUCAGGGGGGUGUGUCCUGACGCCACAGGCACAUGUGCAUCUUGAGAGAUGGAUCGCUGUAAGCACGUGGGCCGCCUCCGCCUGGGCCAUGACCAUUCAGUCCUGAACCCGCAGAAAUGGAGCUGUGUGGACUGCAGCACCACCGAGUCAGUCUGGGCAUGCCUCAAGUGCUCCCAUGUGGCCUGUGGCCGCUUCAUCGAAGAGCACUCGCUCAAACACUUUCAGGAGUCGGGCCACCCGCUGGCCAUGGAGGUGCGUGAGCUGGACGUCUUCUGCUUCGCCUGCGGGGACUACGUGCUCAACGACAAUGCGGAAGGAGACCUUAAACUCCUCCGGGGGGCGCUGUCCACCGUGCGCAGCCCCGGCCGACGCUCCCUGCGCUCCUCGGCAAGCGGGGACUGUACCCCCUGGGUGGGGGAGGGGGGGCCGCAGCUGCAGCCUGCCAUGCAGAUGGCCCUGUGGCACCGCAGGAAGAUGCUCCUGGGGAGCGUGAUGCGGAGGUGGAGGGGGAGGCAGCAGGAGCUGCAGCGCCAGCGGGAGCAGAAGCUGGAGGAGGAAAAGGAGGAGCUGAGACGCCAGAGGAAGGAGGUGAAGAGGAGGCUCCUGGGUGAGCUGGCCAACGUGCCGCCCAGGAAGAGCGCGCGGCUCCUCACCCGGACGCCCCGCUCCACCAUCACACUCAUUCCCCUCAAGUUCCGGGACCCUCCAGAGCGCCUACCUCCUCAGCCCAGGAAGCCCCCCGCCAUCGCGCUCUCUCGCAAGCCCUCUCGUAAUGGUAGGACUCCAAAAGUGCGGAGGUUCUACUCCCACACUGCCACACGUCGCAGACUGGCCCCAGGUGUCACUGGUCUGCGUAACCUGGGCAACACGUGCUACAUGAACUCUAUCUUACAGGUGUUGAGCCACCUGCAGAAAUUCAGGGAGUGUUUUCUCACACUGGACGUGUGUGAGACCGAGGAGCUGCUGGCUAAGACCAACAGCUCCCAGGGGAUCAAGGAGGUAGCAAGUGCCGUAGUUGGAGGCGGUAGCGCUGGCACGCUGGCGCAGGGUUUAGGCUGCCCUCUGGCCAAGACGGGCAGCAGUGGCUCACCAGAGAGCAGCAAGAAGAUCACCCCUCCCUGCCUGAACGCAGCAGAGCUGGUCCAGCCCAAGGAGCCCCGCUCGUCCACCCGCCAGCAGAUGUCCCUCUGUCACGAGCUUCACACGCUCUUCAGGGUCAUGUGGUCGGGCCGCUGGUCGCUGGUGUCGCCGUUCGCCAUGCUGCACUCUGUGUGGAACCUGAUCCCGGCGUUCCGGGGCUACGAUCAGCAGGACGCCCAGGAGUUCCUGUGCGAGCUGCUGGACAAGGUGCAGCAGGAGCUGGAGUCGGAGGGCACCAAGCGCAGGAUCGUCAUCCCCAUCACCCAGAGGAAGCUCUCCAAGCAGGUGCUCAAGGUCCUCAACACCAUCUUCCAUGGGCAGCUACUCAGUCAGGUGACGUGUCUGUCGUGUAAGCACAAGUCCAACACAGUGGAGCCCUUCUGGGACCUCUCCCUGGAGUUCCCUGAGCGCUACCACAGCAUGCAGAAGGGCUCCAGCUCCAUGGCCUUCCAGCGCAGCUGCUCCCUCACAGAGAUGCUGGCCAAGUUUACUGAGACCGAGGCCCUAGAAGGAAGCAUUUAUGCCUGCAACAACUGCAACAGGAGGAGACGGAAGACGUCCCACAAGCCCCUGGUAUUGUCAGAAGCGUGUAAGCAGCUUCUGAUCUACCGCUUACCUCAGGUUCUACGGCUGCACCUCAAGCGCUUCAGAUGGUCAGGUCGGAACCACAGGGAAAAGAUUGGCGUCCACGUGGCCUUCGACCAGGUUCUGAAUAUAGAACCCUACUGCUGCAGUGACUCGGGUCAUACCGUCCAUAGAGAGGGCUACACCUACGACCUGUCUGCUGUGGUCAUGCACCAUGGGAAAGGCUUCGGCUCAGGGCACUACACCGCAUACUGCUACAAUACAGAAGGAGGUUUCUGGGUUCACUGUAAUGACUCUGAGAUGAACGUGUGCAACGUGGAGGAGGUGUGCAACACUCAGGCCUACAUUCUCUUCUACACCCAGAGGUCUGCCUAGAGCCUUUCCCUCGAACGCCACCCUGCCUGAACCUCGGGCCCAGAGCCAUCUGAUAAACUCAUAUCAUCAGUCCGUCAUGGUCCAGGACCAGAGGACUGAGGGCCACCAGGGGACUCCCUAUGAAUCCUGAUGUUCACUCACACCAGGUUUAUGUCUGCCAUGUCUGGCUAUCAGCCAGGCACCCCUGUGAAAGCUACUGAACAUUGAUGCCACAUUGGGAGGCAUUGUUGACUCUGAAAUGUGUGGUUGCCAUCAGCGGCCUUAUGUUUUAAAGCUUCAUGGAUGUGUUGUUCCAAAUGAGGAUGACCAUGGAUUACAUGUUAGUUUUUUUUUAUAGCACCUUUCAUCAGGUCCCAAAGUACUGUAUUGUAUUGGCAUGGACUGACCAUUGACGAGAGCGAGUCAGGAGGAUCUGUGAGCCUGCUGGUUCUGUCACACAUUCAAGAGCCAAUGCUGCUUCCUUUUGUUGCACAUUUUUAAUGUUGAUGAGAUGUCAACCAAGGGCAUUUUAGACUCCUUCCUAUGAUCAUGUGUAUGUCACUACUCUGACCUCUCUUUACUGCUGUGGAGACCAGGCUUCAUCUUAGACCUGGGCGUCUUCUGCUGGGAUGGAACAUGAUGAAUGAACAGGUAUAUAACGAGUUAACAAGCUGACCUGGGUCGAAAGUCUAUUUGAAAUCAUUGUUGGUUGAAGUGUCAGAAUAGUGGGUUCCAUUGUACCAGAUACAAGCAUUUAAGCACAGAUACCUAAUUGAAAACAAAUAGUAUUCCGCCCCAGGUCUGAUACCAAGUAAGAACUCUGUGUUUGUAUGUGUAUGUUUCCCUACCUUUUGACUGAAGGCCUAGAGUUGGCUAAAGGCAGACUGUUAAAAGAAUGACAGACUGCAUUGAGCCAAUUGGCACGAAGCUGCACCUUUCGGGGAGGGUCUAUGGCUGUUGACUGUAUCUGUUAGAUCAAUAGUAACUCCUGUAUGUUUUACAUGGCAGCUCUCUCUUCUUCCCACACUUAAAAUAGAAGUGCUUGUUUUGGGCCUGGAUGGUAGAAUUGGUUUCAUAUCUUUCUUGGAUUUUGGGAUGCGUUGACGUGUUGGGGAAAAAAGGCUUAAUAAUGUACCGAUAAAUUCCAAGAAUGUGCAGAGAUUUCCGCUCAAACAGGGAGGUACCCAUUUUUACUGGAAGCAAUAUAUGUACCUGUUACACCAUGACAGGAAAUCAAGAUCAAAUCAGGAAUUAUUCAGCUUUGUGAUACAAUGUUUUUUUGUACUCUGCCAUUUUUAAACAAGUCUUAACCAAUUUGCUAGGUAAUCAAUGAAUACUGUACCCCUGUGUUUGAUAGAGAAUCAAAUGCGAAAUUAGUUUUAAUUGUUGAAAGGGUUGGAACAAUCUAAUGACAAUGAAUGUCUUACUUUUGAGGGUCAAUCCUUGGCCUUGCCACUGAUCCUUGAGCUCUUCAGUUUGGUCCAGUAUUGUAAGAGCACCUGUCAUAAAUGUAAUGGUUGUAUGGGGUAGGCCUGACAAUAAAGACAACAAAUUGAAAUACUUUAUGUAGGUCUUAUGAUGACCUGAAGAUAUCUAUACCUACUACAACAAUCUAGGUAUCCAGAGAAUUCUGCAGCAUUUGAAAGCAA